CGCGGGCUUACCUCGCCCCGCACAUGCCGACCGCGCUGACAUUUACGUAGUGAGCCUCGUGCCGUCGCCUAGACGCACGUCUGAGCCCGCCUUUAUAUACCAUUCGAAAAUCGAAUGCUCUUUAAUUUUUUUUGUGACACAGUUAAGGUGUAUAUCAAAGAAGGUUUUAUAUUCGAAUCAGUGCAGUCGUUUUUUAUUAUUUUUUUUUUAAUUUUAAAAAGUGAAUGUUUCAAGGGCCGUUUUCCCGGGAUUGCUAUAGCAACGAAUGACGUCAAGUUCAGGGGCGGUUGGUGCAUUUUGGUUCAAUAAUCACCCUUCGAGCUGCUUUGUUCCCCGGUCCUCAGUUUUGUUUACAUUUUGGAUCUGAGGAUGCUGACCGACUGAGCCGAAUGCUGUUUUAUGGAGAAGUGCACUUACGUUUGCAGUCAUGAGUUUGAUGGCGAUAAUCAAGUUCGGAUACACCCUCAUUGUGGUCACAUUCAUUUUAAUGAUAUGGGCGUCCUUAGCGAGAGCUCUAGAAUUACACGUAGACACCGGUCACCCACCAUGUCUCUUUCAAGCUCUCUGCACGUGUUCAAAGCCGGCUGGUGACCUAGGAAUAGUGACCUGCAAGCAUGUUCCUAUCCUCCGAGUACCAGCUGCAGUCAACAGCUCGAAAGUGUUCACAUUGCAACUCACUGGAAACAAGAUCAGAGAUCUUGAGCCUCAUUUCUUCCAAGCUACGGGUAUGUACAGACUGGCUAUAAACCAGAAUCCGCUAGAGAGCAUCCAAGAUGAGGCAUUUUAUGGACUAGACAAUACACUCUGGGAAUUGGAGCUGAAACAGGACAGGUUAACAUCGGUCCCGAGCCGAGCGUUGAGGUACCUCCAGAAAUUGCGCCUACUUGAUUUAACGGGUAAUGAAAUCACAGAAAUAACGGGUGAUAAUUGGCUAGGAUUAGAGAACUCACUACAAACAUUAAUAUUAUCUGAUAAUUCAAUUGCUACCCUACCUCUCGAUGCGUUCUCGGGACUGUUGAUUCUCGAAACACUUGAUUUACAUGGGAACCAUUUAUCUGUGAUCGACAGUGGAGUCUUCAGAGAUGGUAUGAGCAGACUAAGUAAGCUUCUCCUUGGUGACAACCAGCUCACAUUGAUUCCUUACGAGGAGCUGUCUCCACUUCGCCAGCUCCGUCACUUAGAUCUUUCUAACAAUCUUAUUAAGCAGGUUCCACCAGCUCAUGAUCUUAAUGGUGUGAAGCUAUCUCUGGAUUAUCUAAAAUUGGACCAAAACAACAUAAAAAUCCUAUUACCGGGUUCGUUUAAAUACUUUAAUAUUUUAAACACGACAAGUCUCAAUGGAAAUCCUAUUUUUACAAUAAGAGAGGAUGCGUUCCGUAAUGCGAAGAUAAAAACGUUAUCUCUACGAGACUGUGGUGUGACUGAACUAUCCCCAGCCUCCUUCGCCGGUCUCGAGAACAGUCUCCAGAAUUUGGAUCUGUCUGAGAAUAAUUUGACGAUGAUAUCAAAAUUCAUGUUGAACAAGUUAGAUUCGUUGCGUUUCUUGAACCUUAGAGAGAAUAAGGUUGACACAAAUUUACUGGCAACAAACAAUCCUUCUGAAUACUCAACAACACCGUCUGUUAACAAUUUUCAAUACAAAUUGUUCUAUUUGGAUAUCAGUGGUUCGUCAUCACUAGAAAUGAGCUUACAAGACGUCAGAAGAAUGCGUUCUCUGCGAUACUUAGCAGUGAGUAAACUGAUAAGGCGCAGUAUUACUUCAGAAGAUUUCCUCGAAUUUGGCGUGGAAUUGGAAGAUUUGAAAAUUAUAGGAAGCACAAUUAAUCGAAUCGAAGCUAGUGCAUUUCAACAUGUUCGAACGAUAAAAACAUUGGAUCUCUCUGAAAACAAUAUAGAUUUUAUAGACCCCUUUGCUUUUGCUGAGUUACACAGUCUAACUACACUUAAAAUGGCGAACGGGUUAGCAGAUUCCGUGAAAAUACUGCCUUUUGAACCAUUAAAGGCUCUUAUUGAAUUAGAAUAUUUGGAUUUGAGUAACAACAAAUUGAAGAACGUACCUGACACGUCUUUCCAUUUUAUGUACAAAUUGAAAACACUCAAUUUACAAGAUAAUCUGAUUGAUCAAUUUUCUAAGGGAACUUUACAGAGUGACAUCCAUAGGGAGUUGGAAAGUGUUUGCUUAUCAUUAAAUCAACUGCAGAGAAUCGAUCAACACACUUUUGUCAAUUUGAGAGAACUACAAGAAAUCCUCAUAGAAGACAAUUUAAUUGAAACAGUUUACAGAAGAUCUUUUACAAGCUUGGACAAUUUGAAAGUGAUCAGAUUAAGGGGGAAUAUUAUCACAGAAAUAAGUGAAGAAUCAUUUCAGAAUUUACCAGCGCUGAAAGAGUUAGACAUAUCGUUCAACCAAUUGGAAACGUUUAAGUUUUCAAUUUUCGACCAAGUAGGUUCAGCAACGGCUUUGAAAGUAAAUGUUUCAUACAACAGAAUCAUUACGUUAACAGAUUCGAAUGCUCCUAGUUUCUUUACGUCAAAUUUCUAUCCCCCACCUAAAGCACAAAGAUUAGUAUCAGAGGAUCCCAGUCCUCUGCGUAUUGAACGAGGUCUUGGAACUGUUUCAGUAAAUAUACGGGUUUUAGAUUUCUCUCAUAACAAUAUUUCCUACAUUGCACCUUAUUACUUUAGACAUGCCGAUUUAACUCUAUCGGAAUUAUAUCUUUCAUACAACUUAAUAAGAAACGUAACUAGGGAAGUUUUCGGCUCAAUGCUCAUGCUGCAAUACUUGGACUUAUCACAUAAUCAAAUAUUUCAUAUGGAAUAUGAUUGCUUCAAGAAAGUUAAAAACUUACAGAUAAUAGACUUAUCUCACAAUCAUCUGAUUGAACUACCCGUUGAAGUAUUCCACGACAUGCAGGCGCUCACUUCAGUCGAUCUAUCUGAUAACAACAUUAAGAACUUGGCAGACAACCUCAUUAUUUCCCCGUCUUUAGAAAGGUUAGACUUAUCCGAUAACGAUCUAUCAAGAAUACCAACAAACAGUCUAUCACCUGCUGCAGCUAUUCAUUUAGUUGAACUUGACUUAAGUGGCAAUACAAUCCCAGCUGUAGCUAUCGCGGAUUUAGUUCAAAGAUUCAGACACGAACCGAGCGAGUACUGGCUGGAGGAGCCGGACUACAGUGACGAAUACAUGUACCACACCGCUAGACGAGACCAUCCCAGAGUGUUGCACCGAAAGAUACAGUACCCGCAGAAUGUUUUGUAUAAGUCGCUUGCCUGGUUGGACCUCUCUGACAACCAUUUGGUUAGAGUUGAAAGCGGUUCUUUCACGGCCUUACCAAAGUUACUUUGGUUGGAUUUGAGUAUGAACACACCGUUCAACAACGGUGAACGUGGUAGUAGUAUCUUUAAGGGCUUGGAAAGAAGAUUAUCGCAUUUAGGAUUAAAGAAUGUUAGCCUAACGUCUGUACCAUCAAUGCCAUUGCCGAAGUUGAAAAGUUUGGAUUUAUCAUACAACAAUCUCCCAUCAGUGCCGACGGACAUUACUGCAAAUCUGACCCGUCUUCGAUCAUUAGAUCUUUCGUAUAAUGACUUAACGAAUGUUCCAGUUGCAACACACUCAUUGAGCGAGCUCCGAUGGCUGUCUUUAUCUGGUAAUCCUAUAUCGGCUCUCAUGAACACUAGCAUGUAUGGAGUCUCACCGCGACUUGAAUAUCUUGACGUUACGCAUCUAAAAUUAAGUAUAUUAGAGCAUGGCGCUUUCAGUAAGAUGUAUGGUUUGAGAACUUUAAAGAUAUCGGUGAAUGGUAAUAUCAGAGAUUUUAAUAUACCUAAAAUUCUUACACACAAUGAUGCUCUGGAAAAUCUUUAUCUACAAAUUGAUAACACGCAGGUCGAUCUGAGCAAAGAAAUGCUCGGAUUUUUGCCAUCCAAAUUAAAUAAUAUCACAAUAACCGGACGGGCAUUGAAAUUUAUGUCCCAGAAUAUUUUAAAAGGUGUAACAUCACAGACGCUAACACUAACAGUUUACAACACUAGCAUCGCAGAAAUAGAGAAUGAAGUUUUUUGGAGACCUGGUCGUAUCAAGAACUUAACCUUAGAUUUGAGGGAUAAUAUGAUCGCUAGAGUACCAAACCCAGCUAGGCACGAAUGGCCUGGUGUACCCAACUCUUUAUUCCUUCAUAAUAUUUACGUAGCUGGAAAUCCUCUUCAGUGUGAUUGUCGUAUCGGAUGGGUGCAAGCAUGGGAUAGGAAGAGAAGACAGUACCUUUGCGAUGGCCCAUCUGACUGUAUAGCAACAAGGGAUGAUGUCCGAUUUGCAAAAUGUCCUUCUCAUUAUAAUCGAACUUUCAGUGACGUUAUAGCGAAGGACCUCGAUUGCAGCUGGAGUAAGGGAUUUUUCAGAUCACCAAAUAUUUUCAUUAUUAUAACAAUGUCCAUUCUGACAUAUCUUUAUAUCUGAGGUUUGUUUUGGCUCCUUGAUAUGUCCGAAGAAUUCUACAAAGCUAUGGGAAUGGUUUACAAAAAUAAUUAAUCUCUGAAGAGAAUUCAACCUAGUCAAACUAUUUUGAAUAUGCUUAACGUAUCGUUGAGUGUAUUGAAAUUUGAUUGAUGAAGCCAAUGAAGAAACAGAAGAGGUAGUGAUAUCAUCAACUCAACUCACAGUACCUUAACGUGGCCUAUUUGAAUUAUUCCGAUCUAAGCAACCAAAUCAUAGUUAGUAUAGUGAUUCGGAAUUACUCUAAGACAUGUGGAAUGGGAAGAUGCAGAUAAAAGACGCAUUACGAUUGCUAUUAAUAGGAAACAAGUGAAGCCUACAAAAUUGUGAUUUAAAGAUAAUCUGAAGCGAUGUGUGAUCUCAAUGGAUUAUUUCUACAAAGUUACCAUUCAAAGAUGUUAUCAUUAGUUUUUUCUUAUACCUACUGCAUAGAAUAUUUUCCGGAUUGUGUUUUAUUUUUAAGUAUUUACAGUAAGUAAUUAUUUCGAAUAUAUUUUGCAUUAUUUAACAGUGAAAUAUGUGAUAUUGAUAUACGUGUUGUUUUAAUAUCGAUUGGCACAUCGGAACUGAAUUGACAUUGAGAGUGAAGUGCACUUAGUGUGAUCGAAGAGUCGCAUUUGGAACUUUAAAGAAUUUCAUUCGAAAGCAAUGACUUUAAUGGUAGCGUCUGAGUAGACUGCAUUCACUCGAAUGAUAUGUGUUCGUCCAUUGUUAAGAUAAUUAUUUAUAUGUGUUUGUGUAUUAGGAUAAUAAUUACUGUCAAUGAUUUCAUCAUUUGCGACUCAUCGUUAUAUAUUUUCUUGAGAAAAAUUUCAAGGUACAUUCGAAUCUGUAAUUUAAAACGUUCUUUGUCUCUUUGACCAUUAUUAUUAGUGAUAUCUUUAUAUAAAAGCUUUACUUAUACAAUUUAUUAUCUUAAAGUAAUUUUUACUCAGAGUAUCUUCGAUCAAAUCGCUUUCUUAUAUACCCUCUAAA